AACUACUUCUACAAUUGUGAAAGACUGUGCAAUAAGUCCAUCCGUGACAUUUCCUUGCUACUAAAUAUUCCACGGUCAACUGUUAGAGGUAUUAUAACAAAGUGGAAGCAGCUUGGAACAACAGCAACUCAUCCACGAAGUGGUAGGCCAUGUAAAAUUACAGAGCAGGCUCAGAGCAUGCUGAAGCGCACAGUGUGCAGAAAUUACCAACUGUCUGCAGAGUCAAUAGCUAAAGACCUCCAAACUUCAUGUGGUCUUCAGAUUAGCACAACAACAGUGCAUAGAGAGCUUCAUGGAAUGGGUUUCUAUGGUCGAGCAGCUGCAUCUAAGCCUUACAUCACCACGUGCAAUGAAAAGCGUUGGAUGCAGUGGACUCUAGAG